AUGAUUGGGACGGAGGCGACAGACUCAGGUAAUCUUGUUGUUGGAUGUGGCUUGAUUGGGGAAAAACCCCGAUGUGUGCUGUUUGAUUCUGGAGCGACACACUCUUUUGUGUCAGAGUCUUAUGUGCUUAAGUUGAGUAUGCCAGUUAGUGAGCUACAAUUCGAUCUUGUGGUGUCUACGCCGGCAUCUGGGUUAGUCAGAACGUCUUUUGUGUGUGCUAGAUGUCCAGUAGAAGUAGAGGGGCGCAUGUCUAAAGUGAACUUGAUAUGUCUACCUCUGCAAGGUUUGAACGUGAUCUUGGGAAUGGAUUGGCUCUCUGACAAUCGCGUUCUCAUUGAUUGUUGGGAGAAGAAGUUGUUGUUCUCCGACAUAGAGGAACCGAAGUUGUUGUCCUCUCAAGGUUUGGAGGUGGAGAAAGAGGAGAGAAUAACGGUAAUUCCCGUCGUGCGAGAGUUUGAGGAUGUGUUCCCUGGAGAGGUACCAGGUUUACCCCCGAGGAGAGAAGUAGAGUUCUCCAUUGAUCUGGUACCAGGAGCGGAUCCCGUGUCAAUAGUUCCUUACCGCAUGGCUCUUGCAGAGUUGGUGGAAUUGAAGAGACAAAUUGAAGAGUUGCUUCAGAAAUAG